AUGCGUGCAAUAAAUAACCGAUUAGGUCGAAAUCUAACUAAUAUCAUUGGUUAUGGUUUGAUAUUAGUAUGUAUGAUUUUAUUUUGGUUUAUUAUUGAUAUAAAAAGUAUACUACAAAUUCAAAUAGCUUUAAUAUUAGCUUGCAUUUUAUUUGGUAUUAGUAAAUCAACAACAAGCAUUUGUUCUACUGCUCUAGCAUCUGAUUUUAUUGGUUUAAAUACAGAAUGUGGAGCAUUUGUUUAUGGAGUAAUGACAUUUGUUGAUAAAAUUGCUAAUGGUAUAAUUAUUGCUCUUGUUCAACAAUUUAAUCCAUGUAAAUUAUCUUCAACACAUACAUGUGCAUUAUAUUAUAGAUAUAUCAUAACAUUAAUACCAGGUGGUGUUUCAAUUUUAGCAAUAUUAAUGAUAUUAAGUAUGUGGAAAACAAAUCUAGGUGGCAAUCGUUUUGAAAUAAUUCAAGAAGAACAAUGUAAUACGGAUAUGAAAGUUAACGUUGAUUCCAAGGAACAAAGUCCAUUAAUGGCUUAA